AGUCUGCAUAUUUGAUGACGUUAUGCACCAAAAGGAAGGCGACGAACAAGAAACUGAAGAGUGCUAUUGUAACAACCUGUCGUUUUGACGCAGCUCCUAGCUUGUCCUCGUUAAGAAGACAGCUAUAAUGAGCCUGAGUCGUCAGCCUUCUUCCUCGGGAAAACAACCCCGCCAGCAAAUACACAAUGUCGGAACUACAAAUAUCUCCAACACACAAGCUGCACUAGCUGCAGCAGGGAGCAGUAACUCGGACCUUGCUUCCCUCUUUGAAUGUCCUGUCUGCUUCGACUAUGCACUGCCACCCAUCACCCAGUGUCAGAGUGGUCAUAUUGUCUGCCAGGCCUGUAAACAAAAACUAAACAUGUGUCCAACAUGUCGUGGACCUCUAGGCAACAUCAGGAACCUGGCCAUGGAGAAAGUGGCCACUACAGUAAUGUUCCCCUGCAAAUAUUCCUCCAGUGGUUGUCCUGUAACCCUCCUCCACACAGACAAACAAGAGCAUGAAGAAACCUGUGAAUACAGACCAUAUUGCUGCCCCUGUCCUGGUGCCUCGUGUAAAUGGCAGGGGUCUCUGGAACAGGUUAUGCAGCAUCUGAUGCAGCAACAUAAAAGCAUCACCACACUUCAGGGUGAAGACAUUGUAUUCCUGGCAACUGAUAUAAACCUCCCUGGAGCUGUGGACUGGGUUAUGAUGCAGUCCUGUUUUGGUCAUAAUUUUAUGCUGGUUCUGGAGAAACAGGAGAAAUUGGAAGGUCAGCAAAUGUUCUAUGCCAUUGUGCAGCUGAUUGGCACACGCAAACAGGCUGAGAAUUUUGCUUACAGACUGGAGCUAAAUGGUCAUCGCAGACGUCUGUCAUGGGAAGCCACACCCCGCAGUAUUCAUGAUGGCGUACAGUCAGCCAUCAUUGCCAGUGAUUGUCUCGUGUUUGAUACAAACAUUGCCCAGUUAUUUGCCGAUCAUGGCAACCUUGGCAUCAAUGUCACCAUAUCCAUGUGUUGAAGGGCAGAGCUCUAGAAUCAUGAAGAAGGCAAACCAAAGACAUUGCCCUUGUGUCUUAGUAUAAUAUCGAAACUCUGGAAUAUUUUGUAAAUAUAUUCAAUGAUUUGCUUUCCUUGGUCAAGACAUGUGUGGUUAUUUGCAUUAUGGUAAUCUACCAAAUCAUUGGACAAAGUGUUGUAUGGUGCUGUCUGUAUCAUUCAUCUGAGCCAGAUUGGUUUCAAAGAUCAUUCAAGACACAAAGGUUUCAUAUGACCAUAGGAUAGGAAUUUCAUGUGUUGAAUAAAUGUUAAGACUAGUAAACCAAAGGAAUUUGACAUGUAAAUUUCAGAACUUGGAUGUAACUUAGGCAGUAGUGCUGUAUGGGCUCAUACUUGAGAAAAAGAUUCCCUAUUAUUAGUAUGCCUCUUGGCAUCUUGAACUUUAGUUUGUUGAACUGAUGACGGACAUGUUUUAUACUGUUUGGAGUAUUCUUGUUUCACAGUAGGGUUAGACUUGUACGUCUUUUGAUCAGUGAAAAAUAUCAAAUAUGAAUACAUUUUUAUCAAACUGUAUUAUAAAUGCCAAAAGAUGUACAUUGAAGGAUGUCCAAAAAACUGCAAGGCUGUACAUGAAAAUGAAUGAACAAGGAAAGCAACUCUUGGUUUUUGUGUGAAUUCAUCAUUAAACACAGGAAUGAGAGAAAAGGAUAAGAGAGAGAGAGAGAGAGAGAGAGAAAGAAGUGCAUUGUCCUCAAUGUUCAUAGGCUAUAAAGUAUGGCAUGAGAGGAAUAUUUAAAUAGAAAUGUAUGUACAGUAUAUGUGUAUGGACUAUUGCUGAGGUACUAUAUAUAUUCUGUAUAACCAGAGUUUCACAAUAUGCUCUGUUUAAGGAAGAAAAUUACUGUACAUCAUAUCUUAAAUAUUUAUUGAUUUUGUUGUUAUUUUUCAUGUGUUGUGUAUGUAUGAUAUAAUGAUGAGAUCAUUGUACUGUUAUACAGUUUAUUUUGGGAGGAAAUCUCUUUGUUGCUUUAUAAUUUUUUUUUUCAAAGCCAGAUGAUCAUCCUUGGCAUAGUUAUUGUUAUAGUAUAAAUGUAUAUUAUUUGAUAUAGUUUAUAUUUUACCCCAUACAAUGAAUUUAAUAUAACUUAAGGACAGAUGAUGCAAACAAAAAAAAACAUGGAUGCUUGGGUAGUUAUAUAUUCUUGGACAUAUUUUGGUUUUUGCUGUCACCCUUAUAAAUCUAUACAACUUUUCACCACUUUAUAAGAUACAUGUAUUAUUGUGUAACUUCCAAUGAAAAGUUAAAAAACCUAUGCAGCUAAACUUAUUCAAUUUUCAUAUAUAAACACAACUUUAGUUGUUAUUUUCAUGAUUUAAAAAAAAAGUAUAUCAUCUGUCCUUAAUUUAGAAUAAUACUUAAAAAAAAAAAAACAAGCACAUAAGGAAUAUUGGGCAUAUGAGUGUAUGUAUGCUUUUAAUUUCCAAAACAUUUUUAUCCUGAUCCUUAUAUAUUAAAAAGUUCAGAACACCUUAACAUGUACCCAUACUGAGGUGGGUUUUAGUGCUAUCUAUUGGACAUUCACAAACAGAACAAGUUUGGAAAUGGGAUCCGUCCAAAUUUUAAGUUUCAGGCAUUAGACAUGCCCAGGAAAAAUAGCUAAAUAAGGUUAAAUGAUUGUGUUGACUUGAGCUGUAAAUUAAUCUGAAUUUUGUAUGUAAAAGUUAAAGAUAUAUGGAAGUAAUAAUAUAUUGGGAUGGCUUGGUCAUUUUCACAAUCUAUUUGUAACAAUGCACACAGAUUUAAUAUUAGGAUAACAAAUGUAUUUAAUAGAUAACAAACACAAGAAAAAUUCUUCUUUUUUCCCAGAAUCAUUGAUUGAGACUGGGUUAUAAGUGAUCCUUUCUUCUUUAGGGAGUAGUGUCGUAAUGAAUUUAUAAAAUAAUUUAAUGUUCAUUCUGCUCUUCGGUUUACCAUUAUUGAGACAUUAUAAAACCUGGUCCCAAAUUUGGAAAGUAUACCUUUUACAGUGUAAGUAAUAAGUAUCUACAGGCUUAGACACAUAAAAUUAGGUUUUAUGAAGAGGAAUAAUUUGUACAUGUGAAUGUUUGCUAUUGCACGCGGAAAUGAUUAAAUUUAUAAUUUUUUUCAAAAUUAUUUUAUAAAAAUUUCAGAAAAUACUCAUUUUACAUCGAAAAUAAGAUUGGAAAUAUUUUAGUCUCUGCCAAAUGUUUUUGAAAACAUAUACACUAAUUGCCCGCUGUGUGUUAAUAUAACUUUGUCAAAUUCUUUAAGUUUUUGUUUUGUUGGUACGCAAGCUUAAAAUCAUAUUUUUAUGUCACAUGGCAUAAUUCAUGUAUGAAAGUUGUUUUUCAUGAAGUUGAUGUUUAAUGCUUAAACUUGUCUGCACAUCCCUCAUAUUUAUCUCAUAAUCCCACUGUAACCUUAAUAAAAUUUAUGAUUUAAUAGUUGACCUAUUAUUGCAUCUAGAUUAUACCUGCUGUAAAUGUUGCUUUAGGGAGUGUUUCUACUUAUAGACAUCUUAGUGUAUGAAUAUACAUAAUGUUAAUUUGCUCUUUUAAAAAAUGUUCAAAUACUUAAAAUUUAUUUUACUCUGUGUGAAUCAUGUUCAUUUAUGUACAGAUAUUGGUCUAUUAUAGAUCUGCUUUCUAUGUUAGAGUAGCUGUGUAUUCAAGAACACAAUGUAAUACCAUAACUAAUGUCACAGGAACUUAUUUUAACUAGAGUCGAAUCUACUGACUGAGGGUAAAUUGAAUUAAAUUUCUGUGUGGGUUUAAUGGUGACUUAACUUCCUAACAAACUGCCCUUCUGAGCAUCCAUGGCUCACAAAGUCAUUAAACUUGUCAGAAAUACUGGAGUCAGCAAAUCUAGUUGACUGUGUAUUAUUUCAAACAAAACUUGCAGUUUUUGCAUACAGGGAUACAUUGUCCUAACAAAAUGCCAUUCAAUAUGUUAAAAGGGAAGGUGUCACAAUGAUCUAUGAGUCUGAAAAUCAGAAUUUUAAUUUGUUUCUCCACUUUGCAAUAACAUUAAAGUAAGCUAGCCCACACCCCUUAUAAUGUAAUUAUUGCAUAUGACAGUCAGUUGGGUGGUGCUCUAUUUAAAUUAACAUUGAUUGACUGAAGUUAACUUUACAUGACCUUCUUGCAUUUGAUAUCAUUAUUAUUGAUUAUUUACAGGUAAUUGAUAAUGUUAAUGCCUGUCUACAUGUAAAAGUCUACAUUAUGAAAUUCAUAUGUAUUGAUUUUUAAAGAUGUUUGAUUUUAUGCAAAGUUGCCAAUCAAAAAACCCCCAAAAAUUCAAGAAGUCUUAAAAUAUUUUGGCAAACACCAGUUUUAACCCUCCUGUCUACACUAUUAAAAGAAACAAUUUGCAAAUCUCUGGGGAUUGAAUUUGUACUAAAGUAAUGUAAAUUUAUGUAGAAAAAAAAUUAAUUGCAAAUCAGCAUCAUUUCAGGAUGCAUGUUUUUUUUUGUUUUUUUUUUUCUUCAACUUGUAACUGUAUACAGUGUGUGAUGCAUUGUUUUAUGGCUGCAUGUAUUGUAAGUAAAUAUUGGCAAGUUAAUACUGUUUGCAUUAUACAUGUCUUUGCAGAAUGGCACAUACAACUUUGUUGAAACUGAAAACCCAUACAAAUGUACAGUACUGUUGUGAAUCAACCAACCCAUUCAUAGAUGUACAUCUAGUCAUUGCUUGGAAUUUUACUUUUCAACAUCAUUGUCAUGAGUUUUUCAUGUUCUGUAAUAUUGCAACUAUGUGUAGGUGUAUACACAUCGCCUUAUUUUCAGUGAAAUGUGGAGUAUUCCGUAUCGUAAAUUAUAAUCUGUGGCCCAUAUUUAUGGAGUUCUGGCAUUAUAAUCACAAAAUUCAUUAUGUUGACACCCUAAUGACAGAAGCACCUGUAUACUUGUGGG